AAAACAAAAAUCAUUGAGCUAGUUGCUACUCGAUGGACCAUAUUCCCUUAUAAUAGCUCCACCACCACUGCUAAAUUAACUACCAUUUAUUUCAUUUCUAUCCAAUUCCCUGCUAUACGUAUAUCUCUCAGUUUGUCCCUUCCUUCCUACAAAAACAUGGUGAACACGACGCUGGUUUGCCAGACCGUUAUCCGAUGGCUACUGCGCCUCUUCGCCGCGACCCGACCCGAACCGGUCGAGGUCGAACCGGGAACAGUCAUCAACAUCUGGUCCCCGUCAUCCGGUCCAACCAACGAAAACAAGAAACCGGCGCUGGUCUUCCUCCACGGGUUCGGGUUCGACGGGAUCCUGACGUGGGCUCUCCAAAUCCCGGCCUUCGCCAAACACUACUCCGUCUACGUCCCGGACCUGCUGUUCUUCGGCGGCUCCGUCACCGACCGGCCGGAGCGGACGCCGGCUUUCCAGGCGGAGUGCGUGGGGAAGGCGCUGAGGAAGCUCGGGGUGGAGAGGUGCACGGUGGUCGGGUUCAGCUACGGCGGGGCGGUCGGGUUCGAGUUGGGCGGGUUGUUUCCCGGGAUGGUGGAGUCGUUGGUUCUGACCGGGUCGGUUAUGGAGUUCACCGAGUCGAUUCGCAGAGAUGGGUUGGGCCGGAUCGGGUACGAGACGUGGGCGGAGUUUAUGUUGCCGAAGACUGUGGAAGGUGUGAGGAGCUUGUUGGGGAAUAUUAUUUACGAUCUGCCGUGGUUGCCUAAUCGCUUGCUCAAGGAUGCUUUGGAGGUUUUGUUCGAGCACAGGAAGGAGAGGGCUCAACUUCUGGACGCACUCUUCCUCGGCGACAACGACGUCGCUAAACCGGCCAGCUACUGUACUCAGGAGAUUAAUUUCAUAUGGGGAGAAGAAGACAGACUGAUAGACAUUCAGGAGGGAUAUGACCGAAUCAAGCUGCUGUAUGGGAAAGCAACCUUGAAGUCGAUAAAGAAAGCAGGGCAUCUGGUGCAAGUUGAGAGACCAUAUCUUUACAAUAGGAUCUUGAAAGACUUGCUCCUUUCUUUGCAUCAAGGAGGCUGAAGAUUGAAUCUCGGAGGUUACAAUUGUAAAAUUUGUUUCCCUUUCUACUGUCUUCGGAAGAUGUUAUUAGGAUACCUUUCUCGACCUUUUAGCUAUAAUCAAGUGUAGAAGACAUUAUUAGUGAGAAAAUAAUAAGCGAAACACUCCUAUUGUGUGGGAAGCAUAACUAGAUUGUGUUCUAUUUUAAACUAGUCUAAAUUAUGGUUUAUGUGAUUUACCAAUUUAUUCUAAUGGCUAAAGGUUUUUUAAAUUUCUAGUUAGUAUGAUGAGUUGACAUGAUUAUGUCUUCCCUUCUAAAGUAUUAUUGGUUCUU